CGCGAUGAAGAGGUCAUUUCCAUGGGAAAAUCAAAUUGAUGUCUCUUCUUCUUCUUCUCCAAACUCCCUUCGUCCCAACCCUCCAACUAUCCCUAACUCCCCCAUAGAUACCAAUUCCCAAGGUAGUAACUAAAACGUGGGGAAUUGCUUUUGGCGCUCAGGUGAAGAUAUUCUAGAAGCUUGUCUUCAGGCUAGUGGUAUCCAUGGUCUUCAUAUGAAGUCUGUAAGGUACUUGGGCCUAUGUGUGUUGCGUUUAGGCCUAUGGCUGCUUCUGCUAUUGAUGCACUCAUCAGACGGGCAGAAAUGUAUCAGGAUUACAUGAAGCAGAUCCCAAUCCCAAAUCAUCGAGGCACUAUGAUCCCAUUCACCUCAUGGAUGGGAUUAGGCAGAUCCAUGAAACAGAUAUACGAACAGCCUCUUCAUUACCUCACAAAUAUUCUCCUCAAGCAAUGGGAUCAGUUGAGAAUUGGCAGUGAGGAUGAAUACAAGCCCUUGGACACCAUAGUUCAUCCACACAAAGCUGAGGCCACCAUCUGGCUCAUUGAAGAAAUCCAUCGGCAAACCUCAUCGCAUUUUCAUCUUGCUAGUCUGUGGAAGGUGGACCCAAUGUACAAUGGUUUUGUUGAUUCCAUUUUCCCAACAUUAGAGCACACAUCAUGAAAAAAUGAAGCCAUUUAGUUUUGAGGCUUUGUACUGUAUCCUGCAAAUAUUGAACGACUUCCUUGAUACUUUCCUCUUACUUUUUUUUUUUUUUUUUCUGGUUUUGACUAUUUUCCGUUUUAUACAUGGCUGAAUCUCAGUAUGUCCCCUCAUCUCCUGGAGGCCAGGACACGUGAUAUUUCAGUCUUAGUCAAAAUCCUGGAUUGAAGAUUUUACA